GCUGCAGACUCCCAAUAUGGACAGAGUCUCUGCAUCCGGACAUGUAUGCAUCUCCUCUCCUGCUUGACACAAGAUGGGCUUGUUUUGCUCACAUGUUGCCUUGUUUUUUUUACCCUUGCUUAUGAGACUGAUGCUUCUGGCCUCCGCUUCGAGGGUUUUUCCUCACAGGUCUUUUUGAAAAGCUGAUACACGACACCAGAUAUCUAUGUCCUAGUUUGCUCACAAGCAUGCACCGCGCUAUUUUAACACAGUAAGACAAGGAUUUUUAUAUUCACGUCGCCAAUCGCCUGAAAAUCUAAAUAACACUUUUUUUAAUCUUUUAAUUAAACGCAUAGUCUGUCAAGGUCAAUCUGAUCAAAAAGUCGCACUGUCAAGUCUCAUUGGUGGUGACAAUGUGCUUUAAUUUUGUCCAGUCCAGUAUUAGACUGGGCAGAAACUAGACAGAACAACACAGUGUUACUUUUGAGCUUUGCAAAAAUAACUGAUGACAAAAGAAGGAAUAGAAACCAUCUUAGAAAGGGAGUAACUCUUUCUAAUCAGGAGUUUUCUUUCUUUGAUACUACACUUACAAGUAACUCACUGAUUGGCGGUACCAGCGCUCAGCAUGUACACCACAUUCCUCCUUACCUAAUGCCCCCCUUUUUGUGAAGGAGCCUAAUGCGACCUGCACUGUGAAAUUUGGUGUUGUUGCCUGAGAGACUGGGAUUUGAAGGCAUCUGACGUAAGCAUGCAAGAAGUGCAUGAAGUGUGACUCUAAGCCCACUGACUACUGCAUCCUGGCCUGUCAGGGAUUUAAUAAAUCAUAACUUAUUGACUCACCUGCUGCCCUUGAACUCUGCUGUAACGGCCUCACCUGCGUUAUGUUUGGUGUGGACGUAUGAUAAGGUGCUCACCAUUCCCCCUUAGAUAAAAUCAGUGAUUAGACGCACCAAGGAGACUCCCAACGUGCACCCCAUGUACCGAGACGGUCACCUGCGCAGGAAGAUGGGACCCAUCAUUGUAAACAAGAACACUUCUCAGGACCGCCUCAUAGAGGAGCUUCAGGGCAAGUUCGGGAUCGGCCGCUCAGAUCGGCGACGUAAACAGUCUGAUGACUGGCUGACAGAGGGUGUAAUCGUCUCAUCCAAACCCCAGCGUUUCCGCCCUGAUGGAGUCGGCAGUGAGGUGGAAAAGAUCAUAAUUCCCCCAGAGUCUCCUGUCCCUGUGAGGAAGGUGCUCCCACCUCUCUCUCCCCCCGCCCCUCGUCGCCCUCCUAUUGUAGAAGAACCUAAGCGACCACUCCCAGCACAGCAGCCCCCUGUCCCUAUACCACCACCGCCACCUCCUCCCCUUCCUCCUCCCUCUAGCCCUCCACAACCUCCACACAUCCAGGAACCAGUUCCCGCUGCACCUCUGCGGAUUAUAAAAGCCUCACCUCCACCUGCCCCAAUUCAGGAACCUCCUGCCCCCAAACCAAAGCCCCCUCCUCAUGUUCUUAAUACCCCACUCCGACCUCCACCAGUGGAGCCAGUGACACCAAUUGCACCCAAAGUCCUGGUGUCUGUAGGCUGCCAAACAGAGUAUGACCCAGUCUUCUCUCCAAUGCAGAUUAUGGCCCAAGGAAAGGGCGGCGUUCCCGGUGGGCCUCCAACUCAGGUCAACAAGCUGGACAACAUGCUUGGCAGCCUGCAGUCUGACCUUAACAAACUGGGGGUGCAGACGGUAGCGAAAGGAGUUUGCGGUGCCUGCUGUAAGCCAAUUGUGGGACAGGUGGUGACCGCCAUGGGCCGCACAUGGCACCCUGAACACUUUGUGUGCACACACUGUCAAGAGGAGAUCGGCUCCAGGAACUUCUUCGAGCGUGACGGACAGCCGUACUGUGAGACGGAUUACCACAACCUGUUCUCCCCACGGUGCUACUACUGCAACGGGCCCAUACUGGACAAAGUAGUGACGGCGCUGGAAAGGACGUGGCAUCCUGAGCACUUCUUCUGCGCUCAGUGUGGAUCCUUCUUUGGCCCAGAGGGUUUUCAUGAAAAGGAUGGAAAAGCGUAUUGCAGGAAGGAUUACUUUGACAUGUUUGCACCAAAAUGUGGCGGCUGUGCCAGAGCCAUUUUGGAGAACUACAUCUCUGCACUGAACAGCCUUUGGCAUCCUGAGUGUUUUGUUUGCAGGGAGUGCUUCACCCCGUUUGUGAAUGGGAGUUUCUUUGAGCACGACGGCCAGCCCUACUGUGAAGUGCACUACCACGAGCGCCGCGGCUCCCUCUGCUCCGGCUGUCAGAAGCCCAUCACGGGACGCUGUAUCACCGCCAUGUCCAAGAAGUUCCACCCGGAGCACUUUGUCUGCGCCUUCUGCCUGAAACAGCUCAACAAAGGCACCUUCAAAGAACAAAACGACAAACCUUACUGCCAUGGCUGCUUCAUCAAGCUGUUCAGUUAGGGAGCAUUUAACACUACUACGUAUGGGUCAGGGUUUAGAUAAGUGUCUAAAGCGUCUUCACCACGGGUAGGGUGGGAAUGGGAUUAAUUGUGUUUGUGUCAAAGAAGGUUGUCUGUAUUCUGAUGGUGACAUUGGAAAGUGUGUAUGGAUUAGGUAUGUGCAUGUGGUCGAAGCCGCAUACAGCCAGACUGAAAUAUUUUCAACUUGUCGUUCAGAAAUUCUGAAAAACGUCCCCGUGACAACUAUGCAUUUUUGAAGCUCUUCUAGGUUUUGAGUGGGUCAAUAGGUGCAAGUGUGACAAAGAUAUAGUGAACUGUCGAAGGACAAUGAAAAUCUUGAGUUGACGACAUUUAAAGGUGACGUUACAAGAGUGUUUUUUUUUAAUCCCCUGAGCUGCCCUCCUUGUGUUUUCAAGUCCUUUUAUUUUGGUAGAUGAUGCUGAAAUCUUACUGAACACUGUAGAAAUCCAUGCAAUAGUCUGACAUUGUUGCUCACUGGUUGAGCGUCAUUUUCAGAAACUGUAAAAACUCUGAAAACAAUAGCAGGGAGCAGGUGAAUUGUUUUUUUUAAUAUUACAGUAUAAACCAACAGAUAAGGGUAAAAGGCUUCAAGGUGCAUGGUAUAGAGUUAGACAGAGCACAUGGAUAAACCCAUGAUAGGCUGUUCGCAAUUAUUUUGUAUGUGUGAAAUUGAUUGUAGUGUCUAUAGGCUUUUACAGACGCAAUCACUAAUUCAGCCUAAGAAAACCCCUGCAUAUAAAGAUUUUAAUGGAGAAAGUUGUUUUAUAAAUGAAGCAAGAAUGCAAUUAAUCAGUUUAAAACAGCUUCCAAAAUCAAAGAGUCUGAAUCACACCUUUUUUUUUUGUUGUUGUUGUUGCCAAAGGCAAACCGUGCAUGGAUGAACAUUUUUACUGUGAUAUUUCAAUGAAGAAAUUAAAUAUGGAGGCAUCCACCAGUAGUUGCAGUAUGUUUAAACACACCUCACUGUGCUGCCAAAUCAUUCCUUGACUUUUCACAGAAGAAAAGAGAAAACGGUUUCUUGCUAGUUGUCUCAGACGGUGAAGUGGAAUCACGCAAAGAUAUUGGGAGUGUACGGAGCAUCUCUUAGGAGUGCAUCCUUUUUUCUUUUUUUUUUUGUAAAUAUCCAAUGCAGCUACAUUGUGAGCAAAGCACUGUCACGUGUACAUGUGUUUUAACAACCACUUAUUCGAAGAGGGAGAGGGCUGGUGGGAGGGCAUAGCAGAGAUACUUUGGUAUUUUUGGUGCCAUUACUGUAUUGAAAAGCUGAUGAAUGUUCACGGUUUUGAAAGAAAAUAAAUCUGCCUGUGAUAUUCAACUAACUAUGCAACUUUGGAUUAACAACUUCUAAAGCAACAGGCUGUCUGUGCCAUUGUAUCAGUGCCACGUCUAAUAUCACUGGUAAAUUCAACUAAAUACUGAUGACAGGUCAAUAGUUACGUGUUCAUAUAAUUAGACUGUGAGUCCGCUGAGAAAUGUAGGCUGUUACAAUGAGAGCCUGGUGGUCUGUUAGAAUAACUCGUAGGGCUAAGAUGACCUAUUUCCUUCAGCAUCUGGGUAGCGACCACCAGGUUGGGUCUGUAUGUGGUUAAUCAUGACAUGCAGCAGAUAUAUGUCAGGCCUUUUGUCUUGUUCAGGGAAUUCUAGAGCCUUAAAUCCUUUUCCACCCUAUUUAAGAUAUCAUGUAACGGCUUGUCUUUUCGAAUCAGUUUAGUAGAGUGUUAUUUAACCAAAGCCAUACCUUCUUUGAAUUGUUUUUCUUUUUGUGUGUUUGUGUGUCUGUUGACUGUUUUCUUUUCUUUUCACUUUGAAUGUCAAUAGAGUCAUGAUGAAUAGUGAGAUUCCUCACCUCGAGUCUGAUUACGCAAAUAAAUUCUGUUUUGGUUAUCAAA